CAACUAGCAAAGUCUGUUUGCAUAAAACGAAAUGUGUAUCUAGUCAGAGGCUUUGGUCUAAAAUGAACAGUGUUUGUGCAAUUGUUAAAUAAAAAGGUAAUGAAGAGCCUGCUGAAAAAAUUAUUAGUGCAUACUGUACUUGCACUGCCGGUUUACUUGACAGUUGCGAAUAUGUUAUAGGAAUGCGUUUUGUUAACCGGAAUGACUAAUUUUGAAUGCACUAGUGAGCUAGCUAAAUGAAAUGUAACGAAAACAAAAAAAGGUAAACCUCGAAAAAUUUCAAUCCUCCUAGUUAAACAAGAUGCUGUAUCAACACGAAACACUAAAAUGACAUUUUUUUUAAAAAAAAUUGGAAUUCCUAAGAAUUGUUUAGCAAAACGAAUAGAAUAGAAAACAGGCUAAACUGUCAGUAAUUUUUUUCAUUUCGUUAAAAAUAUUAUAUUAGUCAGUAAGCCAAGUUUCGGUCGUUUUUUUUGCCAACGUUUAUUACCGACAAGAUAAGAAUUUUCAAAUACGUUUGAAAGAAUUUAAUUCUACUUUAUUGGCGGUAUAACUGCCUCUUUUGCGUGAUUCAAAAAGUAUGAAAAAAGAGCGGAUUGUUGAGCGGCAAAACUACUAUUAAAUUCAGAAGACCCCGUGUGCAACAUCGCCAAUCUUGUUUCCAGCUUUUUUUUAUGUUGUUAAAGAUCCGUUUUGCGAAAAAAAUUUUGCGAAAUGAAUUUUAAACUGGAAAGAGUUUUUUCUUUAUUUAUCUAUCAGACUUGAUCCUACGACUUUCUUAUUAUUCAAGUUUGGAAAGCGUUAGAGAUAAAAUUUCCUGCAAGAGAACUUAAUUUAAACUAUUUUUUCUCACUUGGUAGGUUGUUUACUUUAAAUCGUCACUUGAUGGGUAAUUUUGACUUCGCUGUUGCUUAUGAACUUGAUUUGGAAAGAAUGAUCGACGAUGCACGAGUGGUGUUUCAUGUUCGAAGAGUUAUUUACGCAAUAGAUUCUGUCAUUUCAUCGCUUCAUUAUGGUCUUGCAGAUGCUUUGCUACAUAUUUUUCAAAUUGGGUCAAACCAUGCUAGAUUUGGCUUAAAAAGAAUUCAUUUUGAAGAUAUGCAGGAAGCCCUCUUUGUGCUGCUCACUGACGAAUUUGGUGAUGCGUUCGACACCUCAGCAAAACUAGCUUACGCAAAGCUUUUCAAGACGAUAGUAGAUCAUAUGUUAGCUGGAGUUGAGUCGAGAUAUGAAAAAAGUAUCACGUGAAAAUAACGGUAACAUCCUUAGGGAAUCGCAAGUCGCAAAAGUUAAAGAAAAUUUCUAAGAUAUGAAACAGUGUCCAUUGGAACAUUAAAAAAACCCGGUAAUACCGAACUGGGUGAAGGCUGUGUCGUACAAACCAUCAAUAUACUUCAUUUCUUCUCCGUAGCCUCCGUUUUAUUUAGACAAUUGCAGUUUGUUGAGAAGAACGUUUGCGUUUUGAAAAUAAAACCAGUUUUUACGAAUAAGUAGAAUAUAUCUAAAGGUUCAUCCAAAGGUUAAUUUGGAUAUUAUUGAGAAAUUGAC